ACCCACGAUUGACUCGCGAGAAGAUCUGGGCUUCAACAUCUUAUCGCCCCGAGUCAUCCCAUCGAUCUUGCCCCGCACCCAGCAUGGCUAGCUCCACACCCGCUCGCCGCCACUUCACUGUGCGCGUUCCCUGCACAUCCUCCAACAUCGGCCCUGGGUUCGAUGUCGUAGGUCUCUCCCUCUCCCUCUACCUGACCCUCGACGUCACAAUCGACCCUUCAUCCUCCUCGACGGCUCCCACCCUCUCCUACACCGGCGAGGGAGCAGCAGAAGCCCCGCUCGACCCGUAUAAGAACCUCACAACACGUUGCGCCCUCUAUGUGCUGCGCUGUGCUGGUAUUCACCAAUUCCCCACUGGUGUGGUCAUCAAGGUUCACAACGAGGUGCCUUUUGGCCGCGGGCUGGGUUCGUCCGGUGCAGCAGUCAUCGCCGGUAUCCUCCUCGGAGAUGCUCUGGGCCAGCUCAAGCUCAGUAAGGAGCGCCUGUUGGACCAUGCAUUGAUGAUCGAGAGACACCCGGAUAACGUGACUGCAGCUUUGAUCGGCGGCUUUGUUGGCUCGUACCUCCUCGACCUUAGCGACGAAGACUCACAACGCAAAGCUGUUCCCCUGAGUGAGGUUCUACCAGAAUAUCCGGCUGAUGCGGGUGAGCAGUGGGGACGGGACCCACCAGCUCCGCCAAAGGGCAUCGGCCAUUACAUUCGCUUUGGGUGGGCAAAGGAGAUCCGCGUCAUCACCAUCAUUCCCCAAUUCGAGGUACCCACUGCAAAGGCAAGGAGCGCAUUGCCGGACAAGUACUCCAAGGAGGACCUCGUCUUCAACCUCCAACGUCUCGCAGUUCUCACCACGGCCCUCUCUCGCUCGCCCCCCGACUCGCACCUUAUCUACCAAGCAAUGCAGGACCGCGUCCACCAACCUUACCGCGCCCACCUCAUCCCUGCCCUUCCCAAGCUCCUCGACUCUGUCACCCCAACUUCCCACCCUGGCCUGCUGGGCAUUUGCCUUUCAGGAGCAGGGCCGACAAUUCUGGCCUUGGCGACGGAGAAUGAGGAGGAGAUUGCCAAGAGCAUCGUGGGCGAGUUUGAGAAGGAGGGGAUUCAGUGCCGAAAGGAGUUCCUGGUCGUCACCGAGGAAGGAGCGACUGUCACCGAGCACGAAGUAUGACCAUGAGAUGAGGGUGUAAUAAAAAAUUCUAUUAGAGAGCAUGCCGUCCAAUG